AUGCUUUUUCAUCUACGACUAAUCAUUAUCCUUCUGGCCUUCAUCUCACAUGAACAUCAAGCCAUAGCUAGUACAUAUGUUGCUCCAAUAACCAAACAUACCGAUACUGCAACACCUCUCUAUAGCAUUCAAAUUAUGAGUGCAUGGGUAAACGCACACUUCUUGCAUAAAAACUUUCUUAUAGACAUAGACGCUCCUUUCACAUGGUACGACUGCAUCGUGGACUGGAAUAGUUUGUAUACAAACAACAUUUGCCCCUCUUGCACUGGCCCAGUUUCUUGUCAAGAGUAUCAAUGUACAGUCGUCCGUACAUCAUACUCUUAUGAAAGUCCUUCAUGUCUUCCAGUAACCAACACAUCGACAUUACCUGGUUGGGGAGACUGCACAUGCCCUGUCAAUGUGGUCAACCCAAUUAACGGGAUAUGUGGUCAAGCCCUGCUCAACUACGACACUUUUGCUUUCAAUGGAACUGAUGGUAGAAACUCUUUUCAAGAUUUCUUUGGUGUUUACCCUAACGCGGCAUGUGCUCCAUCUUCCAUGUUUGAGUCCUUCCCUGCAAAUGUUAGUGGUGUAAUGGCAUUUUCCACAUCACAGUAUGCAAUACCCGCUUAUUUAUUCCAACCUUUUAAUACUACUUUGGCUCUAUGUUUGCCUAGCUCCUUGUCUGCUCAUGGAGUUAUGUUCUUUGGGAUUGGACCCUAUUACUUUCAUCCCAACUCAGAUGUAGAUCUAAGAAGUUUACUCUCUUAUACUCCGUUACUCAAGUAUCCAGAUUCUUUUGGUUAUUUUAUCGGUGUCAAAUCGAUUCUGGUUAAGGGAAGGUCUAUUGAUGUUUCAAACAGCACCACGAAGCUAAGUACGAUUGAGGCUUACACCAUUCUUAGAUCAGACAUUUAUAAGCAGCUGGUUCAUACGUUUUCAGUCGCUACAAUGGGAAUCCUUCGUGCAAGGCCAGUGGCACCAUUUGAUCUUUGUUUAAAGCAUCGAAUUGGACACUCCCAUGUCAGUUUGCAGGUUCCUAAUAUCGUUUUAAGACUUCAAGAUGGGAAGAAAUGGAGAAUAUCCUCGAGUAAUUCCAUGAAACAAGUAACAAAAGAUGUGGCAUGUCUUGCGUUUGUUGAUGGUGGUGCAACAAGUGAACAUGGGAUCGUGAUCGGGGCGUUUCAGAUGGAGGAUAACUUUCUGCUGUUUGAUCUUGACAAUUCUAGUUUAGGGUUCAGUUCUUCCUUAUUACGCAACAAGACUUCUUGUGCGAACUUCAACUUUACCAGCUAUUGA